AUGGAAGAAAUUGCAACCUGAACUACCCAAAUUCUCAUUCUUCAUCUUCACCUCACUGACCCAAUUUCAUUCCUUUCUUCAUCUCUCAAUGUCUUCAUUCGAACGAAAUCAAACAAAUUCCUCAAAAACGAUUUCAAAUAGAAGCAUAAAUCCACGUAAAUAAAAAUUCAAUCUUUUUUUGUUCUUUUUGCGGUGAAUCGUUUGUUAUACUCGUUUGAGUGAAAAUCAAGAAAAGGGUUGUUGUAAUUUUCCAUGAUCAAGAAGAAAAAUACCCAAUUUUCUUGAAUAAGUUGUUUUGAAUAUUUUUGAUUAUGUUGAAGUUGUGGAGAUGGUACCAAAAUUGUUUGGCUGUUCAUCCUGUGAAGACACAGGUUAUUAGCUCUGGAUUCAUUUGGGGUGCUGGUGAUGUUGCUGCUCAGUAUGUUACUCACUACACUGCAAAGACACGUGGUGUUACAAAUGAGUCUCACUCACAGGAUGACAAAAAAGAAUUCAAGAUCAACUGGAAACGGGUGUCUACAACUAGCUUGUUUGGAUUAGCAUUCGUUGGCCCUGUUGGUCACUACUGGUAUGAAGGUCUGGACAAGUUUAUAAGACAUAGACUCUUGCUUAAACCCAAUUCCUUCCGCUUUGUUGCUGCCAAAGUUGGCGCCGAUGGCUUUCUCUUUGGACCAUUGGAUUUACUUGUGUUUUUCACUUACAUGGGUUUUUCUACUGGAAAGAGUGUUCCUCAAAUAAAAGAGGAUGUGAAGAGAGACUUUCUCCCAGCUUUGAUUUUAGAAGGAGGCAUAUGGCCAGUUGUUCAAGUUGCAAAUUUUCGGUAUGUACCUGUAAGGUAUCAGCUCCUUUAUGUGAACUUCUUCUGCUUGUUGGAUAGCUGCUUCUUGUCUUGGGUUGAGCAACAACAGGACGCUCCGUGGAAAGAAUGGGUGAAGUCGUUUCUACCUCUGAAGUAACCGUGUUGUCAAGUUUGAUAAGUGCUUUAAAAUCUCUCAAUCGAGCCUUUCCCGUGAAGUUCAUUUCUGAGAACAAGUGACUAGAUUAGAUUGCGUAUAAUCAAGUGACUAGAUUGUACGACUUUCGGAAUUUUAAUUCUGGAAGUGAUGAAAUUUCUUUAUCAUAUGAUGUGAUUAAUGAUUUCAUCUUAAAUACAAGUUGACACAUAUUCCAUGGAAUAAAUCAAAGUCACAUUUGCUAAUUACUCUCUAGACUUUACUCUGUGGACAUCCUAGUUUUACCAAAUAUUUUUGCUUGAUUUGUAAUGUUUUUUAUCUAAUCAUUUUUACCUUAUAGAAUUUUACUUGAUGUAGUCUCUGUAUGUAUAAGACAUGAAUUAUUAGGUGCUUGAUUUUGGUUCUA